GCCAAUUGGAACUGGAAUACCAUGACUUGUUGAGUCUCUUUGAAUUUCUUGACAACGGUGAUGACCAGAUCACUUUGAAUGAAUUCAUCGAGGGAGCCGCUCGUCUCCGGGGCACAGCUAAAGCCCUGGACGUAUGGCGGAUGGAAACCAAAGUGGGGGUCUUGUUUGAGGAGGUGCUGAAUGUGUUGAAGGGUAAAAACCCUGUGCCCGUGGAUUCAGAGGAUCUGGUCCAAGACGUCUUUGACCAAUCACUUUUCAAGCACAUCCAGACUACCGCGCGAUCGCGGCAAGUCUCGCCCGAAUAAAACAUUCGAACACACCGCGCAAUUAGUUUUGUGCAAUGCUGUACCUGGCUGGUGUUUCUUAGUCCCUUUGAUUCUGG